CUCUCUCUCUCUCUAUACUUUCUCCGAAGGAUGAAAAUGAAAGCUUGUGGCUCUCAGCACAACAUGCCAAGGCGAUACUACUGGGAGGCUGGAUUGCUAGGGAACUGCUUCUGAGUCAGUCAGUCAGUCAGUCAGUUAGUUAGUUAGUUAAAGUUAGUUGCAAGUCUUUUUUUUCACAGACACAGCCACAAAGUUUGACAAAGAAAUCUGAAGUUAAUUCCAUCCCUCCUGCCCCCUCUCUCUCUCUCUGUGUCUCUCUUUCUCUCUGUUUCCCCACAUCCCAAGACCUUUUCGCUCCUGAUAAGAGGCAGCAGUUUAAACCCACCAUCAAAGCUGUUUAUUUUGGCAUCUUUUUUUUGUGUGACUGCUGUAGACUGAUACACCCCUGAACAUCCAGUGCCUGGGACUCUGCUGCAGCCAGUGAUUUACAGUGAUUUACACAGUGAUAGAGAGAGAGAGAGAGACACACACACACACAUACUCUGUCUGUCUGUCUCUCUGUCUCUCUCUCUGUGUGUGUCUUUGCUGAUAUUCAGCCCACAGGCGAUUACAGCCUUUCACACGAGCUGUUUAGUCUUAAAAACAACACAGAAGCCAAGGCAAUCAGGAGGAGAAGCCCUGACACGAGACACCAGCAAAGCCGGAGGACAGGAAACCAGAGCGUCACCAUGAAUGGACUUAUCCUGUUGAUGCUGAUGGCGUUGUUUGACCUGGUGGUCGGAGUUGGGGUCAGGGCUGCGAUGGGGGAGGGGAAGGAGCAGCCCGGCCAUGCCCCCGCCCACGCCCCCGAGGAGGAGGAGCCGAAGCUGGUGUACGGCGAUGCCCGGCACAGAAGGGCGACGGGCGCGCAGGAUGGCCAGUGCUCCUACACCUUCAUAGUGCCCCAGCAGCGGGUCACGGGCGCCAUCUGCGUCAACUCCAAGCCGGAGUCGGUGGCCGGCAGCCUGGUGGAGAGCAGGGUCAACAAGCAGGAGAUGGAGGUGGUGACCAGUGAGCUGCUGAAGCAGAAGAGGCAGAUCGAGAUCCUCCAGCAGCUGGUGGAGGUGGACGGCGGAGUGGUCAACGAGGUCAAACUCCUGCGUAAGGAGAGCAGGAACAUGAACUCCCGCGUGACUCAGCUCUACAUGCAGUUACUGCACGAGAUCAUACGCAAGAGAGACAACGCCCUGGAGGUGUCCCAACUGGAGAACAGGAUCCUCAACCAGACCUCGGAGAUGAUGCGUCUCUCUAACCGCUACAAGGAUCUGGAGCACAAGUACCAGCACCUGGUCUCUCUGGCCAACAACCAGUCCAGCCUGAUCGCCCGGCUGGAGGAGAGGUGCCAACUGCUGCCCGCUGCACACCCAGUGCAGCCCCCGCCCCCGCCCCCAAAACACCCCGUCCACCAGAUCACCACCAACGAGAUCCAGAGAGACCAGAAUCACCAGGAGCGGCCGCAGCUGGUACAGAACCUGCCAGCCUUCCCCUCCAACGUGCCCAUCACCAGCACGCCGUCCGGGCCGUGGACGGACUGCCUGGAGGCCUUGGAGGGUGGCCAAGAGGCCAAUGGGAUCUACCUGCUGAAGCCAGAGAACACCAACCGCCUGAUGCAGGUCUGGUGCGACCAAAGGCACGACCCGGGCGGCUGGACUGUCAUCCAGAGACGCCAGGAUGGGUCCGUUAACUUCUUCCGCAACUGGGAGACGUACAAGCAAGGCUUCGGGAACAUUGACGGGGAAUACUGGCUGGGGCUGGAGAACAUUUACUGGCUGACCAGCCAAGGCAACUACAAGCUGCUGAUCACCAUGGAGGACUGGCAAGGCCGCAAGGUCUUUGCGGAGUACGCCAGCUUCCGCCUGGAGCCCGAGAACGACUACUACAAGCUGCGUGUCGGACGCUACCACGGCAAUGCCGGUGACUCCUUCACUUGGCACAACGGCAAACAGUUCACCACACUGGACAGGGACCGGGACGCUUACACAGGGAACUGUGCUCAUUAUCAGAAGGGAGGCUGGUGGUAUAAUGCCUGUGCCCAUUCCAACCUGAACGGGGUGUGGUACAGGGGGGGUCACUACCGCAGCAAGUACCAGGACGGUGUUUACUGGGCAGAGUUCCGGGGCGGCGCCUACUCUCUCAAGUCCGUGGUGAUGAUGAUCAGACCCAACCCCAACACCUUCCACUGAGAGUGAGCUCCCCACAGCGAGACCCCACCACCACCCCCCCCUCACCUGCUCGGCACACACUGGCCAAGCCAAGCCAGUGCCCGCCCGGCUUCACAUCACCGUCAGCAUCGACGGGUGCUUCGUUCUUCAACAGAGAGUUGGGGAGGGGAGUGGGGGGUGGGGGUUGGGUUAGGAAGAGAAGGGGUGGAGCCGGAGUCUAGGGACAAUAUUGGUCAAUGUAUUUAUUCCAGUCAAACUUAAGAAGAAUCCAUAAACCAUGUAACAAUACACCAAACCAUCUCUGGAGCGAGAUUGUCGACGCUUGCAGUUGUGUCUGAACUCACAGCCCACCCUGUGUUUAUUUAGAAGGUUCCUUCUCAAGUCCUGGUGUUAAACAGGUCUUCGAGGAACAGCUGGUGGCACUUUUAUAGAUGACUGGGUGGGGGGGAUUGGAAGCAGAAAAGCAAGCAGUGUAGUGGCUCUGGCUACCAAUUCCCAUUAAAGCCAUCAGCCCAACACCCCCCCACUUCCACCCCCCCCCCCCAACCCCGAAACAGGUAGCGAAAGGUUGGGGCAUUGUGCGUCUGAAGCUGGGGAGGGUGUGGUGUGUUUGUGCGCGCGUGUAUUUGCUCUCAGCUCUCUACCCCCGAAACUUUGGAAGGCCCUUUUUCUACCCCUCCGUCUCACCCCCUUUCCAUCCCCAUCUCGCGCCUGAAGACCUUCCUCUUCGACCGUGCCUACGGUCACCUCCCCCCCUGACUUGGCAAGGGGUGCUGUAUAAAUGCAAGUUGUUGUUGUUGUGUGUGUGGGGGAGGCGGGGGGAGUGUGGAUUACACCAACUAACGUGUUCUGUUUGUAUAAUCGCGACGCAGGGAAUGAGAUCUGACCCAUCUAUGUGCACUGACUCAGUGUACAAGAGUGGUUAGUUCUGAGCAUUUCCACAGGAUUUCUCUCUCUCUCUCUUUCUCUAUCUCUCUCUCUGUCUCUUGGCUGUAACAUUCGCCUGGUCCCAAGUGCUUCCAAUGUGUCAGCCAUUGUAUUUGUUAAUCAAAAGUAAUAAUAAUAAGCUUGAAUGAACACUCACUGGCUUGUCCAUCCUGAUUAAACCUUCUGAAUAGACCGUCUGAAACCCAUUGCGUAAAGAACCCAGCUAAGUCUGCACAACCAGUAAAGAGGGGCGUCGUGGGAGAACGAAGGUGUGUGGGGGGCGGGGU